CUGUCAUGGACUCACACACAGACUGACAUAAGGCGAGCGGAGGCAGGGGGACUGGCACGAAGCAGAACAAGCCCCUCGGCAGACAAUUGGAACAGGAAGCAAGGAAGGAAAGAACCAUUGACCGGUGGAGGAAGACUGGCAAACGCCUGGGAUUGUGACAAGACAGCCACACAGUAGCUCCAGAGACCACCCAUUAUUCCAAAGAUGAAUGCCUCUCUUUCCAACCUGUCUAUCAAAUGCGUCCGGGACACCAGUGUGACAGCCGUGGUGUUCCCCUGCCUGUACAGCCUCCUCUUCAUAGUCGCCUUGGUCUUAAAUUCCUUGGCUGCUUGGAUCUUCUUUGGCAUCCCCAGCACAUCUACAUUUGUGGUCUUUCUGAAAAAUGUGGUGGUGGCCGACCUGCUGAUGACAUUGACGAUUCCUCUGAGGGUGCUGAGUGAUGCAGGUGUGGGCUCUUGGCAGCUGCGGGCUUUCCACUGCAGAUACUCGGCUGUCCUCUUCUACAUCACCAUGUACAUCAGCAUCCUCCUGCUGGGCCUCAUCAGCCUGGAUCGCUACCUGAAGAUCGUGCGGCCGUUUGGGAAGUGCCCUCUGCAGCGGGUCAGGGUGGGCCAGCUGGUCAGUGCAGGGGUGUGGGCAGUGAUGCUGUCACUAGCACUGCCCAAUGUAAUUCUGAGUGACCAGCCACCCAAGAUCUCUGGAGGAAAGCUCAAGUGUUCCUCUAUGAAGAGCAAGGCUGGGCUGCUUUAUCAUGAGGGCUUUAACUACUUCUGUCAGGUGAUUUUCUGGGGCACCCUUGCUUUGAUGGUGGUUUGCUACACGUUCAUCAGUAAGAAGGUCUAUGAGUCCUACAAAGCAUCAAAGAGCAAAUCUCAUGCAGCCAGUCGUAGAACCAAAGCUAAGGUUUUUGUGGUUGUGGGGGUGUUUUUCAUUUGCUUUGCCCCCUUCCACUUUGCAAGAGUCCCAUACACUCUUACCCAAACGCGUGAUACUGCGAGUCCAUGCAAGGCACAAAAUGACCUAUAUAUUGCAAAAGAAACCACACUAUGGUUCUCAGCCACAAAUGUGUGUUUGGACCCACUCAUCUAUGUGUUCCUGUGUAAGAUGUUCAGACGGAAGCUGACGGCCACUCUUUGCCACAAGUCACUGCACAAAAGCACCAUGGACUCAGUAACUAUCACAUCCACUCAGCUGGAGAUGUCACAAAUCACCCACAACAGACUCUGAUGGAGCAUGUCAUGAACUCAGCAAAUAUGUUUUGCAAUAUUGUAUAUUUUGCACAGUGCAUUUCAUUAAGAGUGUACACAUUUUAAAAGUUCUAUGACUUAUGUUGUAAGUAUCCGAAAUGCAAUUACUAGCUAAAUAUUGCUUUUAUUAACCAGAACAAAUUAAGACUUCUGACAAAGCACUUCUGCAUAUUUGCAUAGUCAUCCUAUUCGUAUAUCUUGCAGAUAUGACUAUUUUACUUCCUUCUGUCUAAUCUAAGUUGAACUUGAGUUUCCUUUGUGAAUGUCCAACAACUAUGAAUAAACAACAGGCUUAAAUGCAACUAUUAUGUACUAAAUUACACAGCAGUCAUACCAUUACCAUACAGUUUAUGAUCAAAAGCAUGCCUAAAACAGAUGGCU